AAACACGCCCACUGGUGCAGACGCUUCUUCUCUUUGUUCACAUUGUUUUUGAUGACUGCGGAGACACUGAGACAAACAUGUGGAUGUCAGCGCUGGAAAAGCUUUUCUUUCUGCGUUCCAUCAUGCGCUGGUUGCUGGUUGGAUACUGUUGGCUUGGACUGAUCAAUAUCUCAGUGGCUCAAAGCAGCAAGCUGAAGGUCAUCCAGAAACCCCGCUUCUAUGGCGUGAGACUCGGCCUCAAAGCGAAGUUUUACUGUCUGCCCUUGAAUACAAACCUGAACGGCACAGUGACGUGGUACAAGGUCAAUAAGUACGAUGACAUCCCAGAGAAAGGAAGAGAGAUACAGAUGGGAGACAGGUUUAAAGUUAAUCCCACAAAACUGGUUGAAAUCGGCUUUCUCUACAUCGAUGAUCUGCACCUAGAGGACAGAGGAGUGUACUUCUGCAAGUAUAAUGAUACAUGGGGACCUGGAUCUGAGCUUCAAGUUGCCAGAUCAGUUAACAAAAGACAGGCACAGUACAGGACCAAGAUGAAGGAUGGUCUCAUUAUUCUCCAGGGCCUGCUCCUGUCUAUGUUUGUUGCUGCUGUGCUGCUACGUAAACAAAAACUGUUGGAAAAGAAGGACGUUGAAUAUGAGGAGCCUGAAACCGAUCACAUCUAUGAGGGCCUGACAAUUGAAACGUGUGGAGGAGGUCUGUAUGAGGAGCUCACAGUGUAUUCCCAGCCGGAGGGAACCGAGGCCCCGUGGGAGUGACCCCGAACUGCUGGCCACCCCUACAAACUCACAGUAACGUACUGCUGAUAAGUAAGGUCAAAAGGAUGCGUUGUCAAGAGUCCUUCGUGGGACCGGUGAGGUGUGGAGAUUUGUAUUUUUCUCAGUAAAACAACAACAACAACAAAAAAAACUUUGUUUGUAAAUGUGCAAAAAUAUACUUAUUCUAAACUGCUUGUCACAUGUGCUGUUGAUUUAUCGCUGGAGUGAAUUGAUCAGAUGUGAUAUGAGUCUACAGCUGACCUUUCAGCUGACAUUUUUGGUGCUUUGAGAAGCUUUGUGUGUGUGUGUGUGUGUGUGUGUGUGUGAGUCUGUGUAUGUAAAUGUUUAUAUGUAUGAUUUCAUUAUGUCUGACUGAUUAUUUAAGAACAUGUUCAUCACAAAUAGUUGUGGCAGAAAAUGUUCUGGGGUGUUUCAGAGCCUGACGAAGGCCUGUUUGAUCAUACUGAAGAAUACGUUUGCCUUUUGUUGAUGUAUAACAAAUAAAAACAAUAAAAUCAUGUGUGAUUUCUGGAGAAAGUCUUGUUUUUAUUGGCU